AUGUUGAUGUGAAAGACAAAAUUGUGAAACAUUACUAUAGCAAAAGCAAAAUAUGGAUUGCUGAGUGGAAGAACACUCAUUUAAAUUGAGUCAUUUUACUUCUCCAUGGACUGUUUUUGCACUCAUUGCAACACUUUUGUCAUUGGUGUGAAAGUCACUAGUACAUUCCUAGCAGGAAUUUAGACCUAUUAUACACUCUAUCCAGAAGGGAGUUAGUAACGUUUGCAUUUAAAAUCAAUCAAUUCAAUUCUUUUGUGUGUUUCGUGUUCGUUAAAUUCAUGAUUUCUUUCACCUUAUUGCUGCGAUGUAGAUCGAUCUUUGUAGUCCUUGUUUGUGAAAUCACUGAACUGGUCUUUUGAAAUUGUUAGUGCACCUCAUCCUUUGGAAAUUGGCAGCACCAGUGCUGCUAGGAAUGAUGUGCAUAUUGAACCAGUGAUGCAUGGGGGUACUUCUGACAGAGGACUCAAACGAUCCCGAGAGCAACUCCCUUUUGUUGGAUGAUAACUCAAGAAGGAUUGGCAUGCUGUCAGAGUAGAGUUGGACAAAGUGACUUAAACAUCAAUAUAUGUGAAGAUAUUUCCGGUGAAGCUGCUAAUGAAUACUUGCUAGAAUCAAUGCUAAUACUUGUACCUGAGUUUCAUUGGUUCCUUCCAAAAAAAACUUUUGACUAAUUUUUAGGAUAGUAGCAUUGUUAGUAAAAAUUAUGCUUAGCUCCUCA